AGCGCGGCGGCCAUGGCGGGGCAGUCCGGUCCGGAGGAGGAAACGGGCUCGUCGCCGUCGCAGUCGCUGCUGUCCGAGCGGUCCCAUCGCCAACACGACGUGCGCUGGCUGCUGCCCCCGCCCUCGGGCCUCUGCUUGGCCUGUGCCCUCGACCUGCUGCGGGACGGCCAAGUUUCGCUCGUGCGCAAGAAACACACGCUGUCCUGCCUCUGGGAUGACCUGAUACGGAACACCAGCCUGGUUACUCAUCUCUUCUCGCAGGAUGAAAGAAUUUGUUUGCACUUCAUGGGCACCUUGCUCGGGAUAUUACACAGUCUAGACGACCAUGGAAUUCUGGACCUCUCAAUUAAAGUCCUGGUGCAAAUACUAAUGGAACUGAAGUCCCAGCGGUUUGUUUACUAUGUACUGGAUGUAUGUCAGAAGAAGCUGUGUAAUAUGUCCAGCACAAGGAGCAGCGUACCCACCCUGAUGCUCCUGGGAAAACUGCUGAACGCCAUUCCCGCCCUCGCUCAGACGCUGGUGAUCGAACAUGGUCCCAUAAUAGAAUACCUGCAGAAGUGCCUGAUGUAUCCGAACGACAAGGUGAAGGCCGCCGCCUGCUAUCUGUACGGGAAGCUGUUCUCCUCUCCUGCAACGGCAGAGAGGCUUUUGGAGUUUUUCAGGGAGAAGCUUUGUGCCCUCUUCCUCGCCACGCUGGACAAUGCCCAGACCAAGGAGCUGCAGGUUAAUGGCAUAGGUUUCCUAAAUCAGCUGCUGAAGAACGACCUCUUUGUGUCAGUUAUUAUGAGCAAGUCAGGGCCGGGAGGAAGUCCUGACGAUGGUGCAGUGGCACAAGAGAGCAACCCUCUGACUUUGGUCCUCAAAAAGCUGCUGCUGUCCCGAGACGAGACAUUACAGGUGGCAAGCACUAAUUGCAUGACGGCUGUGCUACUUCAUUCCACGGCCAGAUACGCCUCCGCCUUCAUCCAGGCCGACAUCCCAGAGUUCCUGUUUGAGCAUCUCUCCAGCACCAGCGAGAGCCUUAUCUUGUCCGUGUACAGAUGCUUGUUGCUCCUGACUGAAGAGCGACUUUUCUUUUCCAAGUGUCACAGCGUGUAUGGGAUCGAGUCUUUGGUGAGGAGCCUGAAAGAGGUCCUGAAGCUGAACAACACCGAGCUGCACAGCCAGGGACUCCUGCUGUUUGCUGAGAUUCUGAAGAGGCAACCGGUGGAGAUCAAACUGUUCACGAACAUGGCCAUCUGUAAAGAUGCCAGCGACGUUCUCCGGGAGGCGGUGAGUUGCCCCGUUCUGGAGGCGGCGGCCGAAGGCAUAAAAGCGGCAGCUGCUUUUCUCAGGAAGGACCACGUAAGCUUCCCGCCGGUGCCUUAUCAAGAACUGCAGGCCUUGAUUGAAGCAAUGCUGAGACGAUGCUCCGACCUGCCUCCUCUGACUGGGACCUGGAGGCCUUCAAUCCGAUGGGAUCUGCCUUCCACGGAGCGGGAUCUUCUGGCGCAGGACCACCCAAUGAGCAGAGAUGUAAAGAGAGCCUUGCAGCAUCAAGGAGCAUUCCUGAUAAAUGUCCUGGAGGGGUUCCGAAAUGCCUGCAGAUUGGCCAUGGAAUUUCAGAACGACCCUUUGGCGCAGGAGAACCCCUUCACAGCCCCCAGCACGGAGAAGGAGGACACGCCUAAGACCUUCUCGGAGUUUCUCUUGAGCGUCUGCGACACGUUCUGUAUCCCGAUGGUGUUGAGGCAUUCCGAAAAGGCCACCCUCCCGGCCUUGAUGGAGGUUUUCAUGUGGAUCCUUGGCAGCCUGUUUACCCUUGUGCCCCACAAGGGAGAGAAGAUCUCCAGGAAGCUGGCUUCCUCCAAGUUCAUCCGACUGGCGCUGGAGCUCAAGGGCAAGUUCUGCUACGGACAGAGUAAUCCAGAUUUAAAUCAAGCGUGUUCCAAGUUCCUGUUUGGCGUGUGUUUCCACCUGUACUCUGCGGAACUGAAGACCAGGCCGCCUUCCCAGAAGGAGCUUGCCGAAGUAGCCGAGCUCCUCCAACAGAACCUGCCCCUCGUAAACAACAGGGGUCCCAAACACCUCACUCACCUGACCGAUUUCCUCCGGGUGGACGAGGCGUCUCGCCAGCAGCAGUAUUGUCUCGUGCUUCUCUUCUAUACCGCCCACGUCAAUAAGGACAGGUUUGUUCCAGACCUGGAGCUGUUCUCAGCGCUAAGGGGGUUUCUCCUGUCGGUGCUGGAUCACGGAGAAUAUCCCCCCGCCCCCGUCAGCCGCGCAAUUCUCUAUCUGCUCGCUGUCUGUCAGAAGAAAGAGGAAGCUUUCGAUUUGGUCCUCCUGAAGGUCAUCAGAAAGGCCCUGGAGGGCAUUUCCGAUCUGGGCCUGGUCUACACCCACCACGCCCCGCUCCUCCGGCUCUUCCUGCAGCACCCGGAGCUGAUGAGCGUCUACGGCCACCGGUUCCUGGAGCUGUGGUUUUCCUGGGAAGAAAGCAACCUCCCAGAGGCAGAGGGAGCCGCCCUCCCGUCCUUUUCUACUUGGUCUAAUUCCUCAACUAGUCUGACUACUCUUCUCUCCAUCCUGAAGGACAAUUCGAGUGUGCUGCUCAUUCUGCUGGACUUGGUCUGCUCCAGCCCCAUGGAUGUAGCCCACAGAGUGCUUCUGGUCCUCACAAAUUUCCUGAGGAAGAACACGGACGCCUUAGGCGAGAGCCUCCUUUAUAACCACUUCCUGCAGAUCCUGCAGCAGCUCCUGUUGGAGAGCGGACCUGCCCCCUUACAAGCCAGUAGAAAUCUGCCUCUGUUGCUCGAACUCCUCUUCCUAGUUCAGCUGAAGAACGAAGCAAAGAAGGAGUUGGACGGCACCGAUCUAAAGCUGCUUCACCAGGUGAGCAACCUGUGUGGGAAGUGCCAGCCGGGGGACGUGGAGAUCCUGCAGGCGGCCUUCAACAUCCUCUACUGGAGCCUGCACCGAACCACUCCCGAAAGCCGCAAGCGAGCAAUGGCUGUGCUGCUGUCCGGGGUGUCUAUGCUGAAGCUGCUGCAGAAGGUUUUGGAACUCACUUGGGCGGGCCAGUCUGCGGUCCCAAUUAGGCGCCCCCGACCCCCCGAGUCGGGGCUCCUCUGCUCGGCCUGGCUGCUGGCCGCUUCCCUCUCUGACCAACGGCUCAUCGGCGGCUUGGAGGUGCAUCAGACGCUCUCGGUGGCUUUGGAUAAAAUCUUGAAAAUCCUCAUCUUUUGGGAGAAGAAGGACGGACUGUUCUUAGCCAGCAUCCUGAGGUUCCUGCGGACGGCCCUCCGGCAGGACUUCUCAUCCACCUCCGUGCUGGUCACCGGUUCCAAGCCAGACCCGCUGCCCCAUCCUGAAGACGCCUGCCUCGCCCCGCUCUCAACGCGUCAGGUCUUCUCCCUCGUCAUAGGCCUUCAGAAUCUCUUACUCCAGAAGGACCGGAUGCUGACGGCCGCUGUCGUCGGCUGCCUGGAAGCCCUGCUGGAUUUUCUGCACACCAAGAGCCAGGAUGUCGCAUUCCACGUGGCCUCUCAGCCCUGGAACCGGUUUUUGUUCCUCCUACUCAUGGAUAUCAGAAAUAACUCCUUCCUUAGCUCCGAGAUCCUGAUGCUCAUGACUGUGUUUGCGAAGUUCCCAUGCGGCCACAUCGUCCCCUGGGAGGACGUCCGCCUCAUGCUGCAAGAGGCGAGCAGGACCGAACUGUCGGAGCUCCCCGAUGACACGGCCCGGGCCAUGCGCGGUCUCCUUUUGCAGCUGCAGAAGGUGCAGUCUCCCAGUGAUCCAGAAGCAGCCGGGACCGUUCAGACCUUGCUGGAAGGUCUGGCCAGAAGGACCUCUGCCCAGCAGCCCCAUCAGGAUAUGCUAUGCCUGAGGGGAGUGGCCGUGUCCCUCGCUCACUUGCGAGACUGAACCAGCGGGAGAUGCGCGGGAAAUCGGGACGAGAAGGGAAAGAAGACAAGGCAGCUCCCAACUGGUUACGUCGGAACCUGGAAGUCACCCGCAGCCGAGAGGCUUGUUGAUUUUGUUGUUGAAAUGCAACCAGGGAAUAAAAACAUGUCAUUCUGCUUUUA